AAUAAAAAGUCAUGCCGUCAUCCAUGAUAUGAUAGUGUGAUUUUUCAAUUAACAUAAUGUUUGGCUGCUCUUUCUAUCUUCCUUCAUAUACUCAACCUCGUAUUUUCCUACUAUAAAUAUCACAAACAAACCAAGUCAAAUUUCAUAUACAAAAAAUCAAAAACAAAAUCUAAACCAAAAAACAAAAAUGCAAAAUCAUCAACAAAACGAAGAAGAUACUUCAAUGGACAACAACACAUUUUUGUGUCCAAGUUUCAGCACUUAUUCUACUAAUAAUCUAAACGACGUCGCUGCACAAGUCACUAAAGAACAAAACGACAACCCAAAUUCCCAAAACGACAACGACGAUUUCGAAUUCUUCGCGUUUCGAACCUCCGAAGAUGAAGACUACUCCGAUAAUCACCACCUCCGCCGCGCCGUUAGUCACGACGUUUUCCCGAUCUUCAACCGCGACGACGGCGAGAAGAGAAACUCCGAUGCGGAGGAGAUUUCGAUUUCGUUGAAGAAAUUAUUGAUCGGAGAUGAGAAACGGAAUUUAGUCGGUUACAGACGGAAUUCCGACGCGGCGGAGAUUUCGAUUUCGUUGAGGAAAUUGUUAACCGGAGAUAAGAAACCGAAUCGCGUACCAUCGUCAUCGUCUUCGUCGGAGGUGGAGAACGAUCUGGAUGAAAUUCCGGCAGAGUCGUAUUGCUUGUGGAAACCGAAAUCUCCGAUGUCUUCUCCGAUAAGCAACUCUCCAAUGGCUUCUCCGAUCAAAUGCAAGAAAAGUAAUUCGACUGGUUCGUCUUCGAAUUCUUCAUCUUCGAAGCGAUGGAAGUUUCUGAGUUUACUCCGGCGAAGCAAAAGUGACGGAAAAGAAUCAUUGAUUCUCGCAGAAAGAGAAAAUUUGAAGGUGAAUUGUAAUGGAAAUGGAAACGAUGAGAAAAAGAUUUUGAGAGUUGCCGGAAAAAAGAUUCCGGUGACGGAGAAGAAAGUUCCGGCGCCGGUUUCAGCUAUUGAAGCGUUUUAUUUAAGAAAGAAAGAUAUAGGGAGAAAAUCGUAUUUACCUUAUAAGCAAGGAUUAAUUGGUUUUAGUGUUGGUUUUAAUGCUAAUAUUGGAAGAGGUUUUCCUCUUCAUGUUUGAUUAAUUAGUAUUAAUUACAUCAAAUUUUAACUAUAAGAUUAGGACUAUAGGUUAAUUUUAUGGUUUUAUUUUAUUUUAUUUUAUUUUAUUUUACUUCAUACAGUUUUGGAGUAGGAGAAAGUAAAAUUAUAGUUUUGGUUUUUGGUUUUUGAGGUUAGAUUUAAUUAAUGUUUUGUAACUAUUGAAUCACGAUCCAUGAGAAAGGUGUGGAUUAUGAUGUAUUUGUCAUUUUGUGUGAGAUUGAGAAAGGAUCAUUGACUACUUUCUAGUCAAA